GAUUGAGACUGCGCUAUAAAGCUCUCACCGGCCCUCAUCCGCCCGUGUCCACGUCGAAUCUUUCGUAUUCCAGUCGUCGUUUCGACACCUGGUCUCGUCUCCUCUCGUCUGGUCAUCCCACUUCAUCGUGCCAGUUGCGCUACUAUAUUGAUAUAGUGUGGUAGACGCCGGCGAGCUGUCUCGACCUUGAUAUCCCUUCCCUCCCUCCGUCUCUCCGCACCUCCGCUGUUAGCGACGAGCUACCCAUCCACUACCCCACCGCCCACGCACGCCUCGCCUGACUGCGCUUGACGUUCCGGGCUGUGAAUAGUCUCUCUCUCUCCACCACGCACCGCGCUAGUAUCUGCUUGUCCACAGCAGCUGCUCAUAACUCACACCUUUUCACACAGGCCCUCAGCUGUGUCUCUCAUUUAAGCCUUGCAGCUCGCUGCUUGUACAGGAAUAACCUUACAUCUUUCUGCCACUUGAUUCCACACCAUGGCCAUCUGGAACAGGAAGAACCACAGUGAUACGGCCUCCGACGAGAGUCCGCAGCGCGCUCAGGAAUUCGGAAAGUCUGAACAAGACUAUCCUCAAAAUGAGACCAUCGUGCUGGCUGAUGGCCAGCAAGAAAUCUCAAAUAAGGAGGGCACAAAGCUUCACCGUGGCCUCAAGGCCAGGCAUAUCACUAUGAUUGCCAUUGGUGGUGCUAUCGGCACUGGCUUGAUUAUCGGUACUGGUGCUGCUCUCGCGAAAGCUGGACCUGGCUCAAUCCUCAUCUCCUACUCCAUGGUCGGUCUUCUCGUCUUCAUUGUCAUGGCUGGUCUCGGUGAGAUGGCUGCGUGGCUUCCUCUCGGUUCUGGUUUCUCUGGCUACGCUACUCGUUUCGUCGAUCCGGCUCUUGGUUUCGCUCUUGGCUACACCUAUUGGUUCAAAUAUAUCAUCGUCACGCCCAACCAGCUGACCGCUGCUGCUCUGGUAAUCCAAUUCUGGUGUCCACCUGAAAGAGUAAAUCCUGGUGUCUUCAUCACUGUCUUCUUGGUGGCAAUCUUAUGCAUCAAUUACUUCGGCAUCAAGUUCUUCGGUGAAUUUGAGUUCUGGCUAAGCAGUAUCAAAGUCGUCGUCAUUGUUGGUCUGAUUCUGCUCUCCUUCAUCCUCAUGCUUGGCGGUGGCCCAGACAAAGAUCGCAAAGGUUUCCGUUAUUGGCGCAACCCUGGUGCUUUCAAGGAGCUCACGAUCGGCGCCAACCACAUCACGGGAGAUACUGGUCGCUUCCUUGCCUUCUGGGCUUCAAUGGUCACGGCUGUCUUCGCCUAUCUCGGAACUGAACUAGUCGGUGUGACUGUCGGCGAAGCCCAGAACCCUCGCAAGACCGUGCCACGCGCCAUUAAACUGACCUUCUAUCGUAUUCUCUUCUUCUACGUUCUUUCUGUUCUUCUCUUGGGCAUGAACGUGCCCUACAACUCCCCCGAACUGAUCUUCGCCAACAAGGGUACCAAUGGAGGCGCCAACAAGUCCAGUGCCUCUGCCUCGCCCUUCGUUGUCGCCAUUCGUCUCGCAGAGAUCCCACAUCUACCUGGCAUCCUCAACGCCUGCAUUCUCAUCUUCGUUUUCUCCGCUGCCAACUCGGAUCUCUACAUUGCGUCACGUACGAUUUACGGUUUGGCUUCGCAAGGCAAGGCUCCUCGAAUCCUGGCCAAGACAGACAAGCGUGGUGUGCCCAUCUACGCGCUUGGCUUGUCCUCGCUCUUCUGUCUGCUUGCAUACUUGAACGUCGCUGAUGAUGCUCGCGUUGUCUUUGGCUACUUUGUCAAUCUCGUCACCAUCUUCGGCCUGUUGACAUGGAUCAGCAUACUCGUCACACACAUCUUCUUCGUGCGCGCCCGAAAAGCUCAAGGUAUUCCUGACAGUGCUAUGCCUUACACAUCUCCCGGUGGCAUCUGGGGCACAUACAUUGCGCUCUUCUUCUGCUGCCUGAUCGCAGUGACGAAGAAUUUUGACGUUUUCAUUCGCAACCCCAAGACCGCAACCAACGCUACCGGCUACGGUAACUUCGACUACAAGAACUUCAUCACUGGAUACCUAGGCAUUCCGCUGUACCUGAUCAUGAUUUUCGGAUACAAGCUCUACUACAAGACGAAGGGCAUUGCGCCACUCGAGGCAGACUUCUACUCAGGCAAGGCUGAGAUCGAUCGCGAGGAGGAGGAGUUUCUGGCCAGGAAGGCUGCUAUGGGUGAGAAGAUCAAGGGAGGCAACUGGUUCUACAGGACAUUUGUUUCGUGGUUGUUCUAGAUGUGGUGGGAUUUUUUAUUGGAAAGGUUACAUAUGGGAAAUGUAUGUGUGGUGAUGAUACCAAUUACGUAGGACGAUUAUUACGACAGGAAAAGUUGAUGCGUAUUCCUGAAUGGACGCUAGAAGCGUGCACGUGUUUCAAAGUACAAAAGACGUCGUGGACAAGCCUGG